UUUGUUUUCUGGGGAGACGUCCGACAUGGGCAAGUUCAAGAAGGUUUGCGUCUUCUGCGGAAGUAAUUCAGGGUACAGAAAGAUAUUCAGCGAUGCAGCCCUUGAUCUUGGAAAAGAAUUGGUGCAAAGAAAGGUAGACCUAAUCUACGGAGGAGGGAGCAUUGGUCUGAUGGGAUUGGUUUCCCAAACAGUAUAUGAUGGUGGAUGCAAUGUUCUAGGAGUGAUUCCAAAGGCUCUCGUUUCGGUAGAGAUAUCAGGCGAGGCAGUUGGAGAAGUGACCAUAGUUUCUGACAUGCAUGAAAGGAAAGCUGAAAUGGCUCGUAGGGCCGAUGCUUUCAUAGCUCUUCCUGGAGGGUACGGAACAAUGGAGGAGCUGCUUGAGAUAAUAUCAUGGUCGCAGCUUGGAAUUCAUGAUAAACCGAAAUGGGACAAUGAAAGCAAGAAAUCAUCAAGUGGUGUAUACAGAUUGCAGACUCACCUGGAAACAUGAUCAUUGAGACAUAUACAGCUACUGAUCCCUGGGUCCAGCUCUCUUGCCAAUGGCAUCAUCACCUUUAACACGAUCAAAUGGUUAAUAGGCUUGGCUGCUGACAAUAUUUUCGAGUCUAGAAUCCAAACUUGGAGCUUCAGAAAAUUUUUCCA